AGAGAGGAAAGGCCACUACCAUCAACGUCCCACCAGAUUCGACAUACACUCAUCCGUUAUUCCCAAUCGAAACUUUGUGAAACGAACUCCCACAUAUCUACCAAAACAGAAAACCCCGACUUUGUUCGACGACAUAUCAGAUUGCUAAUCACUGUUUGUGAACAAGUGAAUCUCGAAAUCCACGAAGAAUAAAAAUGAGGUCUCCAAAAUCAGUGAGACGUCCACACAUCAGACAGCAACUGACGAACCGCAGAAAGAAUCUGGGACGAGUGGCCAAGUCACAACGCAACCAAUUCCGUCAAUGGCUUCUUACUGCUGUACUUCCAAACUCUAUCAACGAUCAGCGUAAAGAAGCUUUUGCCUCUCUCGAGCUCACCGAGCAGCCACAGCAAGUUGAGAAGGUCAAGAAGUCCGAGAAAAAGAAGGCCCAAAAGCAGAUUGCUAAGGAUCAUGAAGCUGAACAAAAGGUGAACGCCAAGAAGGCCGCCGAGAAGGAAGCCCGACGUGCCGAAGCGGAAGCCAAAAAACGUGCUGCUCAAGAAGAGGAACACAAGCAAUGGAAAGCCGAGCAAGAAAGAAUUCAGAAGGAACAGGAAAAGAAAGAAGCUGAUUUGAAGAAACUCCAAGCCGAAAAGAAAAAGGAAAAGGCUGUUAAAGCGGAGAAGGCCGAGAAAGCCGAGAAAACUAAAAAGGCCAGCACUCCAGCUCCAGUGGAAGAAGAAAUUGUAGUCAAAAAGGUUGCCAACGACCGAUCCGCAGCACCAGCCCCAGAACCAAAAACCCCAACAAACACUCCAGCAGAGCCAGCCGAACAGGUUCAAGAGAUCACCGGAAAAAAGAACAAGAAGAACAAGAAGAAGAGUGAGAGCGAAGCAACCGCGGCCCCAGCUUCUGUCGAGCAAGUUGUUGAGCAGCCAAAGGUUGUAACGGAAGAGCCACAUCAGCAGGCUGCACCACAGGAAAAGAAGAACAAAAAGAACAAGAGAAAGAGUGAAAGUGAGAAUGUUCCAGCUGCCUCGGAAACUCCUGUUGAGCCAGUUGUUGAGACCACCCCACCAGCUUCUGAAAACCAAAAGAAAAAUAAGAAAGAUAAGAAGAAGAGUGAGAGUGAGAAAGUUGUUGAAGAACCUGUCCAGGCUGAGGCUCCAAAGUCGAAAAAGCCAACUGCCGAUGACAACAUGGACUUCUUGGACUUCGUGACUGCGAAGGAAGAACCCAAAGAUGAACCUGCGGAGACUCCAGCUGCUCCAGUGGAGGAAGUUGUUGAGAACGUAGUUGAGAACGUAGUUGAGAAGAGCACUACCCCACCUGCUACUGAGAACAAGAAAAAGAAUAAGAAGGACAAGAAGAAGAGUGAGAGCGAAAAGGUCACUGAGCAACCGGUGGAAUCUGCUCCAGCUCCACCACAAGUUGAACAAGUUGUUGAGACUACCCCACCGGCAUCUGAAAACAAAAAGAAAAAUAAGAAAGACAAGAAGAAGAGUGAAAGCGAGAAGGCUGUUGAAGAGCCAGUUCAAGCUGCGCCCUCAUCCAAAAAGCCUACUGCUGAUGACAGCAUGGACUUCUUGGACUUUGUUACUGCUAAACCUGACCGCUCCGAAGUGGCAGCUCCAGUUGAGGUUGCCAAGGUAGAUGAAUCUACCGCAGUCACCUCAGAAAACAGGAAAAAGAACAAGAAGGACAAGAAAAAGAGUGAGAGUGAAAAAGCAGUUGAGGAGCCAGUUCAGGCUGCUCCAACAUCCAAAAAACCAACUGCUGAUGAUAGCAUGGACUUUUUGGAUUUCGUAACUGCUAAGGAAGAACGUGUUGAAGAAGUGGCUCCAGUUCAAGAGCAAGUAAAAGAGCAAAAGAAAUCAAAGAAGUCAAAGAAAACCAGCGAAAGUGAGUCCAAACGUCCAACGGCCGAUGACAGCAUGGACUUCUUAGACUUUGUGACCGCCAAACCAGAGAAACCAGAACAGGUGGUCGAGGAACAGCCUGUAGUUCAGGAAGUCCCAAAACCCGAGGAGAAGGCUUCCAAAAAGAAUAAAAAGAACAAGAGAAAGAGUGAGAGUGAAAAGAAUGAGUCACCGGAAAGUGAGCCAGUGGCCAAGCUGAUUACUGUUUCAAACACAGAGGCAUCAGCCGUUAAUGUCAUGGGAUUCUCUGACAUUGUUACUCCAAAAGCAGAUGAAGUGAUUACCCAAGAUCCAGUAUCCGCCAAACAAGAGGUUUUGCCCGAGCAUGUUCCGUCGGAGAUACCUGAAGAGCCAGUAGCUGUUUCCAAAAAGCCAACUGCUGAUAGUAUGGAUUUCCUCGACUUUGUGACUCCAAAGACGGAAGCAGAGAGCACUUCAGAAGCUCCAGCUCCAGUUGUUUCAAAGCCAACAGAAUCUAUCGAAGAUCUUGAAAUUGUCACUUACGAACACGUAGCUGAUGUAACAGGAAACACUCUCUCUCCAUCUCAGCAUUCUACUCCGAGCCCCAACUCUGUUCUGCUCAAUGGUCCACAAUCUAAGAGCUCGAAAAGAAAGCAUCAUCACAAGAAAAACAAAAAGCGUACAGACAGUGAGAUGUCCCAGGAGCCGAGCAAGGAAGACUUGGAGUUCCUUGAGUUCCUUCACUCUGAGCCAAAGAAGGUCGAGAAACCAGUUGCUCCAGUAUCCAAAAAGCCAACUGCUGAUGAUAAUAUGGACUUUUUGGAUUUCGUCACUGCCAAACCAGAGAAAACCGAGUCCGUUGAAGAGCACAUUGAAGCUCCAAUGAUUGUUGAACCAGUUCAUGCUGAAAAUGAGGUUGACUCAGACGUGGCACUAGAUUCCUUUGAAAUAAUAGAUGCUCAAGAGGUGGCAGAGCUGGUAUCUGCACCGGAGAUGACUGUUGAGGAGACCGCUGCCGCUGCAGGUGGAAAGAAGAAGAACAAGAAAAAUAAGAAUAAGAAGAAUAGCGAAAGUGAAUCCACCCCAGCUGCCGAGCCAGUCAAGGAAGUCACUCCAGAAAUUGUUGAGGAAGUGUUUGAAAAGAAAACCAUCACUCCAAGUACUGCAGCUGCCGCUGCUCCAGCACCAGGUUCAAAGAAGAACAAGAAGAACAAGAAGAACAGCGAGAGUGAAUCCGCCCCAGCUGCCGAGCCAGUCAAGGAAGUCACCCCAGAGAUUGUUGAGGAAGUGUUUGAAAAAAAAACCGUUACACCAAGCACUGAAGCUGCAGCUGCUCCAGCAUCAGCUUCAAAGAAGAACAAGAAGAACAAGAAAGGAUCCGGAAUCUCCGAGUCUCACGACACUGCCCCAGCUCCAACUGUUGAAAUUCCACAGACAACCGAAGGAGGAAAGGGAUCCCCAGGAAGUGAUAAGGAAAAUUCUGGAAGUGCCGUCAAUGGAUCCGCCAAAAAGCAAAUGUCUGUUGAGGAGCUCGACUACGGAGUUCCAGGCCAAACAACCGAUACAACCACUGACAAGAAGAACAAGAAGAAGAAUAAGAAGGGAAAGAACUCUAACUCAAUAUCGGAAAAUGCUCAGGUGAUUGCUCACCUCGAGCAAGAUCACCUGGAUCAAAUGGCUGACGAUGAGGUACAGGCCAUCACAGGAGCUGCUGGAUCUCAUUCCCCACCAAUUCAAGUUCAUGAAGUAACUAGCUCAGAACAACACUCCAACGGAGUUGAGAAAAACACUACAAUCGAAAUCACUCAAGCUGUUGACGGAACCGAUAUGUCCCAGACUCAAUUCCAGAAGAAUGUUGAGAAACUCGUUCAGGCUACGCUUGCCAAGCAUGACAUUGUAGAAAUUGACCCAACCGUGAAACUGCGCAUCGAUGCCCAACUCAUCAAGCUGUCGGAGAAAAAGGCGCCUGCUGUUGUGAUGGAACACGUCAACUACAUCAAGCCAUUGCCAAUGGAACUUCACGUCUCUCGACCAUCGACUCCAAGCCGCGACCGUGUCUACAAACUUCUGCCAAAGGAUAUUAUUUUCUGUGCAGGACUCAUGGACUCUCACGGUGAAAACUACGCUGCUAUGGCUGCCGAUGAACGUAACAUCUUCAAGGACACCUCACGCGCACUUCAAAGAAAGAUCCGCAUUUUCAAGGAAUCCCCACACUACCACACCUAUCUCCGUGCAAAGGAGGAAAACCGUCCGAUCGAGGAGGUCAUUGCUGAGGCACAACACUAAAAAGCUGCAUCUCAGCUGUUAACUGCCUUCAAGCUUUCCAUGAAACCAUUCCUCAGAUCUUCAUGUCGGUUCGCCCCGUCCCAUCGCCGCUCGCUCUCAUCCACAAGAAUUUUGUUCAAGUUUUCAUCUGUGUGUUUCCUUUCUUUUUUCAUUGUUUUCAUUUUUCAAUCCUAUUUUUGUUUGCCACACACUUUUUAUGACCCUCUCUGCAAUGGAUAAAUGACACUACAGCCGGAGCAAUGAAUGAGCUUUCAGCCCCCAAUUUAAUUUUUAUUUGCUUUUUUUUUCAUAAAUUUUAAUGUGCAACUAUCUUUUCAUGUUUAAAAAUCUUAACCUCAAAAGUCUUCCUCACCCAACAAAAUAUUUUUCUGUGCAUCGACUGUUCUGUCUUUUGUCCUACGCAGAUGCCCUCUGUCUUCUCCACUUUCAACAAACCUGAUGCUUAUAAAAAUUUGACACGCAUUUUUACUAAUACUCCCGACAGAAUCUCUUUCCGUAGACACCCUCAUCGUCUUAGAUCCUCUGACCCCCCCCCCUCACUCCAUUAAACUCGCCGCGAUACCUGCUAUUAUGAGUGUAGCUUCUUCCCUUUCUCUUUUUGAUACUUUGUACCAUUGCAUUAGUUACAUUUGUGUGUUUCAUAUUUUAAGUUCAGUGACCGGUUUGUUAUAUCCUCUUCUUUUCUGCAUCUUGCUCCCAUCUCUGUCACCCCUCUCUCUAUCCCGCUCUACAUUUUGUGGCGACUGACUUUUUUUUUUGGCUGGUAGUUGUCUAGAAUUGAGUUCGUUGAGCCUAUCCAAGUUAAUCUGACUCAUUUUCAUUGCUAACCUGUUGAGUCGCGUGCAUUCGUGUAUUCGUUUUUUGAAUUGCACCGCCCAUUUCCACGCACUACAGUUUUUGUAAUAAAGUUUGUUAAAGUUU